CAGCCUCUGCGUCACGUUUUACGCCCCGCCCGCGCGGGGGGGCGGUUGAGCCCGUUUGAACCCGGGGUUCGGGUGACGUUUCCCGAAAGCGCUUGAAUGGGCACCUGGUGCGCAUCUCUGACAGGUGCCCGCCAUCCCCGGGAGGCGUUUUGUUUUCCCCAAACGUGUGCUCACGAUGGAGGAGAGACGGUAGUGCACGGUUGAAGCGGCGGAAUGGGGUAUACGAACGCGAGUCAGGGCGGAAGAGGCCUGCCGCCUCCUGGUGGGGGCAGCAAUAACACGACUUUAGCGUCGCCGAGUUCAGCCAUGUCUGACCAUUUCCACUGGGAUAUGUUCGGCUCCCACGACCAGCCCUUCAUCCUGCUCGUUAUAUUUGGAUCCUGUAUCUGCGGAGCAAUUAUCAGGACCCUUGUGCAGAAGGUGAAGCUGCCCUAUACUGUGGUUUUAGCCAUGUGUGGUAUCAUUCUGGGAGUGCUGAGCCUUCAUUAUAAAGAGGUUAAAAAAUAUACACAUGAAAUAGCUGACAUCAGCCCAGUGCUAUUAAUCCACACCUUUAUGCCAGUGUUAAUAUUUAGCACAGCCUUUGAAAUUGAAUCUCACAUGUUUUGGAAAUCCGUGUUACAGGUACUACUGCUGUCUGUCCCAGGUUUUUUAAUUUCUUGCUCUCUGACUGCAUUGCUUGCUGUCAAAAUCUACACCUACAACUGGAACUGGUACAUUGGAAUGAUGUUUGGAGCCAUUGUUGGGAACACAGACCCUAUUAUAUCUAUUUCUUUGUUAAGAAGCAUUGGUACCGCAAAACCUCUUAUUCUUCUAAUUGAAGGCGAGUCACUAUUUAACGAUGGGACUUCCAUCAUUAUAUUUGAAGUGUUCAGAGAUCUUGCUCUCGAUUUAGCAUAUGAAUCCCACCUUGCUGUAAAACUGGUUUUGAAGAUUUUCGGAAGUCCCCUGUUGGGAUUCAUUGUCUCAAAGAUCAUAAUGUUAUGGCUCUCAUAUAUCUUCAAUGAUGGAUUGAUUGAAAUAACGAUCAGUCUGGCAAUGACAUACAUCACAUUUUAUGUAGCUGAAUGGCUUGGAAUGUCAGGAGUUAUUGCAGUUCUCAUAAUGGGACUACUUUUGGAAACUGUAAACUUCAGUCCAGAAAUUGAAGUAUUUCUCUUACGCUUCUGGGAGAUGCUGACAUACCUGGCCAACACUCUCAUAUUCAUCAUUGUUGGGGUAGUGAUAGCUGAAAAGUCAUUUCAGCACCUAUCAAUUAAUGAUUUGUUUUACAUUUUUGUGCUGUACUUUGCACUCUAUAUCAUAAGGUUUGUUAUGAUAAUAGCAUUGUCUCCCAUACUGUCUCGCAUGGGCUAUGGGUAUAACUGGCGAUGGGCAGCAGUUAGUAUAUGGAGUGGAACCAAAGGAGCCUUCAGCCUGAACUUGGCUCUCAUGGCAUUUCAGUCAGAUGGGUUUGAUAAAUUCACUGUUCAAAACAAGAUUCUGCUUCUCACAUCUGGAAUGGUUGUUCUUACUCUUUUAAUCAAUGCUACCACAAUGACAUGGUUACUUAGACUCUUGGGUCUGUGUGAUGUCUCUGCACCAAAACGUAUGGCAAUGUACAGUGCUGUGCAGCGUGUGCAGGAAAGUGCAAAUUGCACCUUUGCAAUGCUAAAAAUGGACAAGUUCCUUGCUGAUGCAAAUUGGAAAAUGGCAGAAGACGCAGUCCAGAUUGAUGACCCAUACAAAACAACAGAUGAAAAAGUCAGCAUUGAAGAGUUCUCCCCAACAGCCAGAACAAGCAAGUGUCCAGACUGUGAGAAGAACAUCCCCUGCGAUCCCUCUUCUCGUGAGAUGGAAGACAUGAUGGAGGAGGCUCGUAUGCGGAUUCUCAAGGCUCAGAAGACUAGUUAUUGGAGGCAGUACAGCUCUGGGAUGUUGAACAGAGAAGCUGCCCGUACACUAAUUAGCACCACAGAGAGCAUCACUGAUCACAGAGGAAAGUUCAUGACAAUGCAAGAUGUGAAGAAGUUUUGGGAAUUGAAGGGGUUUUUUGUCUGCCUUAGAAGGCGGUUGGAGGAUUGGAUGUACAAUGUCAAGGUCGACAAACUGAAGCCUUCAAAAUAUUCUGUCUUAAAGAAGUGCUACCAAAUUGUGUUCAGUAACUCCUUUGAUUAUUUUAUCUACAUCCUGAUACUGCUGAAUCUUUUCCCCAUUAUACUGGAAUAUAUCCCAGCAGCGAUGGUAGCAUAUGAUAAAGAGCUCAGGAUUACCAACUACAUUUUCUUCACUUGCUAUCUAAUAGAGGCGGUAUUUAAGGCAUUAGCCAUGAGACGGGCAUACCUGUUCAACCACUGGAACCAGUUUGACUUGUUUAUCAUUUUGAUGGCAGCAGUUGACAUCAUUAUUGAUCAAGUUUUUGGAUUUGUAGAUCUAAACAUACACAUGAUCAAAAUUGUUCGGGUGUCUAGGAUGUUUCGCCUCACCAGAGCUCUCCGCUUGGUAAAGAUAAUGAUACCAAGACUUAUUGAAGUGUGCAACAGACAAAUACACAAACAGCUUAGUUUUGGUUAUGACAUUGGAAAAGGAUAUGUGGUAGGAGAGGAGGACAUAAGCAAGAUUAUCGAUCAUAUUUCUGAGGAAAAAAUAAUUUCACAGAAAUUAAAAACUAUACUUGAGAAGAACAGACAAGAAGCCGUCAGGGAGCUUGGCUUGCUGCAGCGAGACCAUCCAGAGAUUGCUAUCUCUGUGAAAACCAGACAAGCAAUCAGAACUGUUCUAAACAGCGAGAGAGAUACAAUUCGUGCUCUAAUGUCUGGUGGCCUUCUAGAUGAUCUUGAAGCAUCAAAGCUUGAAAAGAUGAUUGAAUUAAAAAUGAAAAAACUUAUUAAAUUUCCACCAUCUAUACCACCACCAACAGCAGAAGAGCUUCUAUUGAAUGUGUCAUGGUUAGACCAAGAGAAGAGCCAGAUACAGUUUAUCAAGAGCAAAGCAAAACUUCUUUAUUUUGACUAUGGUGAUGUUAUAAUUCAUGAGGGAGAGGUACCUCAAGGAAUACACCUGAUUGUUUCCGGGAUGGUUAAGAUUCAUGGAACUUCUCCAGACCUUGGGAGCAAGCAGAAAAUUCAGUCUCAAGACCUCUCUGAAAAGGAUAAGACAAGAACCACAGAUUAUAGAAGCUGUGGUGCCAUUCUGGGAGAACUCAACUGCUUAACACAGAAUGUAAUGGAAAUGACAGUAACCUGUGAAACAGCAACACAGAUGUGCUUCAUCUCCAUCGACGCCUUGUAUGAAGCCUUUGAUUUGUUUUCCGAGUUUCCUUCUCUGGAGUAUAAAAUCUGGCAUGCAGUGGCAGUGAAAAUCAGCAUUAGUGCUUUAAUGGAAAAUAUCAUCUAUCAGGGAUGGACAUACCAUAUGAUCUGCACUCAUCUGGCCCGUGCAUAUAUAAUAGAUGUUGAAAUGAACAGCAGGCUUGAUGUAUAUGAAGGGAGCAUGGAGGAUGUCAUUGUAGUGUAUGGAAGCUGUGAUGACUGCCACACGCAACAGUCAUACAGUGCUCCUGCUAUCAUCUCAAGAACAACACAGCAGGUCAUAGGAACAGCUAAUUUAACCAAACUAUUGGUUAUACCAAGUGCAAAUGCCGAUGUGAAAGAGACGAGAUCAGACCUUCAGCGGCUGGACGCUGCUCCAUGCUUGAGGCAUGCAGUACAGCGGAGGGCAUCCAGAAUGGAUAAGGCAGGAUUACUAAAUGCAGUUAUUUCAGAAGAAACUAUUCCUGAAAACAGCUUGACUCAUGCUACAAUGACUCCAGGCAGUCCAACACAGGCCAGAGGAGGAGGAAAAUGAUGGAGAUAUCUAGGUCAAAAGCUCUGAAGCAGGUGUACAAGACAAGAUGGAAAAAAACAGAUAAUCCUGAUGUUCUUAAUUCUAGUUCCCAUGUUCAUUAAGGUUUUAAGUUUCUAUUUCACAUUAAAGUCAAGAUAUAAAGAA